AAGAAAAUUCAUCUCUAACAUUUUUCUUCGAUAUCUAUUGGAAUAUCUUUUUUUUUCUUCUCUGUGUUUAAUUGUCACCAUUUAGAUUCAAUUUCUUGUUAUUAUGGUUUUCGGAUUAAAUUAGUAUCCAAUUUUUUUUUAAUUGUGUUUUCUUUAUUCUCUUUAAUCUUUUUUCUCCUUCUUCUAAUGUGAUUAAACAUGUCCACGUAUGGACAUUAUUUUAUUUUCUUUCAUCAUCGUCUACCUUGUGGAUUUUAUAGCUUUCGUGUUUAUCUAACCUGUUGGAUUACCUUUUUCACUCUUCUUUUACAACCCUGGUCAGUUUCUUCUGAUGGUGUUGACCAUUCACCUUGUGAUGGAGAUAAACAAUUUGAUUCUAUUACUUGCUCUUUUAAAGAUAUUCUUAUCCUUACUAUGAAGAAUCAAUACUACUUGGGAGACUGUUCCAUGUAUCCGUUUUAUGUUGAUCCAGAUCCUCAUUCAAUCAUCAGCAGAGAAACUUCAAUUAUUGCAACUUUGGUGGACACAGAAAAUGUCAUCUACUUUUUUGAGUCUAAAAAGGUGAUCAUCAUUGAUGGUGGACGUAGUAAAGAACGAAGUAUCGAUCAAGUAUUUGAAAAAUUUGAAGGUCCUAUUGUCCAUGCAGUGACCAUUCCUAAACCCGGAAUUAUUCAGAAUCAAGCAGUUCCAUAUCUAGUUACACUUUACACCAAAAAACGUAUAUUUUAUUAUGGUGAGAAAAAAAGAUUCCAAGGAAUACCUUUCUGGACUGAAAUCGAUCCUUGGAAUGCUGAUCCCAUAUUCGCCACGUUGAACAGAACUCUACCACCGAUCACUCGUAUUCUCGGCGUUGAUCAUGCUAAUAUGGCGAAAACUCUUGUAGUGGACAGUGAAGAAAAAGAAAUUUUCUUUCAAGCAGAUAUUUCCGUUUGUGGUGACAUAAUCUAUCGAUUCAAUCUGAUUGAUUGUCUUGAGGAAAACAAAUCUUUACCGCCAGUACCAAUUAGAGGUCAAUUAGUUAGAUGUACAUCGAAAAAUUUCCCUGGACCAAAUCUUUUGACUUUGAUGUUGUGGGGAAGUUUUUUUCUAAUCGUUCUGGCGAUUUUGGGUCUAAUCAAAUGCGGAUGCGUUUGGAUGGUCAAAAAGUGCCGACGUACUCGACACAAAGUAGUUCGAUUCAAAGAGGACAAUCACAAGGGAAAUUCCAUCAUAUUUAGUUAUGGUAUCGAACAUGCGUCUCGAAUUCAAACCUUUGGUUUCGAUUCUGUUGGUCAAUCUGCCGUUUCUAUUAACGAUGAUUACAAAGACAUUAAUUACUCAAGUGAUGUCGCCGAAGAUGAAAUUGAAAAUGAUUCAAAAUUACCCUUGGAAUCAAUCCAAUCUUCCAAUGUAAUCUGAGACAAUCUUAAUUAUUAUAAAUCAACCCUACAAUUUACCCAAGUGAUUAACAAUAGACUCUGCUCACCAGUGGCUUCAAUCCAAAGUUUUAAAUUAACAAUUAACGAUCUUCACAAACAAACAAUCUAAUUACUUAAUAACUCAGAUGACUUUCAAACUUAAUCGUCUCAUGUUAACCUUAGUUAAUCAUCUUAAUCUUUUACAAUUUCCGACUUAACAACAAUCGUCAUCAACUCACUAACAAAGUGAAACAUAAACACAGAAACUGAGAAGAAGAGAAAACAAAAUAAUCUUUUCAUCUUUCAUUGCCUAUUAACCGGCAAAAGUGAUUCCAGUUAGUUUUGUUACUUUGUUUAAUCAACUAAUAACUGCAACUAAUCAACAGCCAAUUUGAUUGUAACGGAUUCCCAAUUUAGUGCUGGUAAAAUGGUGCCUACAUUUUUCAAGUGCAACUUUGUCAUUUCCAUUUUUCUUUUGGUCUCUCCAACAUCGUCCAGUUCAAUUGUGCCAAAUUCAUGUCAACAACUGACCAGUUCCGUUUCGAGACACUGUACUGCUCAAUCAUUUGCAUCAAAAUCCCUCGAUCGUCAUACCUACACUUGUUGUAUUAUCAUCAAAAGGUAUAAGUGUUUAGUUGAUAAUCACAAUGCUACCUGUCCACCACCUCCAGGUAUUACUGCUCGACUAUUGACAAGUAAUUAUAAUUGUUCACAAUUUACUGAUUUAUCAAAGUGUCACACUUUACUUGACCAAAUUAGUCCAGCGAGUGUUACAUUUGUCACAAUCACAGUCCUUUUUAUUAUCUGCUGUUUAUGUGGUUGUGUUUCCUGUCGUCUAUUUUGUAAAAAUGAUAAUCGUGACUUGAUCUCUUCCUGCCAAUUAUCUGAUUUCAAAAUUCCAUCUAAAAGUGACCUUAAAGAUCAAUCUUGUUUAUCUUCAGUCAAAACUGAGGAUACUUCUUGUCCAAAUGAACUUCUUGUGACCCUUUCCGAUGAACCAAUCGAAAAGGUUAAUCCAACAACCUCUCUACCUGAACCUAUUCAUCCAUCUCUCCUCGAUUCACCUGUUGACACUUCUACUUCAUCUUCAUCUUCAUCUAAUCAAUGAUAACCCUUUGAUUGUAACUUCCGCUCAAUCUGUAUAUUCAUUGAAUAUAAUUAAUUUUGUACUUAUUACAUUCGUUUCACUUUGCAAUUUUAAAAAACAUUCUGUAAUCUUUAUAAAAAAAUUAUCGAUUCUAAAAUUUUCUUACACUUAA